AUGGAGUAUCUACUUAAGUCCCUCUCAACGGAAGCUUCAGUUCAACCUCUGCUCAAACAAACUAUUUUGAUCAAUGAACUCUUAGGGGCUUCAAUUGACUUCUUUAUUCCAGAAAUCUUGCAAUACUUCCAAAAACCAGUCAUACUUUCUUUAUUCCGAUUGGCUCGUGAGUAUUCAACCAGUACUCCCGUCUAUUCCCUACUUGAAGAUCCAACUGCCUUAACUAAAGCUAUAGAAACUCCACAUGACCUUUUGCUUGUUGAUGGCUGGAAUUUAUCUCCAGAAAGACUUUCACUACCAGCCACAACUAUAAUUCUUAUCAACAGAUCAGUAACUGAUCUUCCUUAUAAAGAUAUGUACAAUGCCUUUAUUCUCUUUACUAUUCGUCCCUUACAAACUCGGGCCCUUCUUUAUACCGGUUCUCUUUCCAUCACUGCACGUUCGCUUGGAUUAGAAAUAGACCUUCUUUACCGCCAGGAUGAUACAGUUCAGUACACCCUUCGCACCGAUUAG